ACCGCUACUUGUCAUGACAAAAUUUUGUCGAUGUUUUGGUGAUAAUAGAGCGUUUAUUUCUUAGUUUAAUUGUGAAAUGUAUUUAUUUAAAUUAACUAUUGUUCUAUGAAAGAUAUUGCAAUGGCGCAAUCCGACAUGGGGUCAGAUCGGUAUUGCUUCGGGUGUUUGUGUGCGAAGGAAGAGAAGUCGAUUUACUGCCUAAACUUACGAAGCUCAGUACUGAAAACAUUUAUACAGGCUGAAUGUGUAUUCCUCUGCUACCUCUGUAAGCGGGCCUCACAACAAGCAGAGUUGUUCAUACAAAAUGUUCAAAGUAACCAGAUUCUACUAGAGAACAUACACAGUGUAGAAGAUUCAACCAUUCACUCAGUCCGCACUCAAUCCCGAGCACCGCACGAGCUAUCCUCAAUAUCUCUAGACAUUAUAGAAUUAGGUACAACUAAGUCAAUGGUAGAGGAGUCCUAUUUCGUCUAUGACCAUCGGGGGCCUAAAGUCAAGCAGGAGAUGAAGAAGGAGGGAGCAGCGUUUGAGGAGUAUGAUGACGUUGAUACUGAUUUCCAAGAGCCUUUUGUAAAAGAAGAAGAUUUUCCUCUAAAAGAGUUAUUAAAGGAAGAGGUUAUGAUGAUGGAAGUGGAUCUGAAGAGCCUGAAGAAAAGCCUUAGAAAGGAGAAGUACAAGAAAAGAAGGGUUAAGAAGGACAUAGAAAUAAAAAAAGAAGUUGAAGGCAGGUUUUAGUAAAAUUUUAGGUUU